UGACAGCCUAGGCAGGUCCCGCCCCCGGUUCUUGCUUUGGCUCAGUUCGUUCGCUGACCCGGUUUGGCUCUCAGGACUGACGGUACGAUGACAGUACACUUGGCAUCUUAUUCCCAGGUAAAGAAAGAUGCAAGCUUCAAGAUGUUGGGAGUUCGCUUUUCUAAUUCGGUGAUGUCGGUUGCACUGGAUACAAAUAAGCAGGUUUUGGAGGCAAUUCAAAAUAAGCAAGACUCUGAGCCAAAUGCGGAGUUACCAAAGCAACUUCAACUGCGUGUUCUGUUCAUGGAUUCAGCACAGAAAGAGUACACUGAGAUCCCAGCACCAAUUUUAGACCUAGAAGCUCUAGAGGAACUACAUUUGGAUAACAACCGAAUUGAAGUCAUUCCAAAGGAGAUAUGCCACCUCCGCAACAUUAAGGUCCUCUAUCUGAAUAAUAAUAAUAUAACCCAUGUCUGUGAGGAGCUUGGAGAGCUACAGAAUCUCCAGAGAUUAGAUCUUAGCUUCAACCCUCUAGAGUAUGACUCUCUGAAUAUUGUAAGCAAAGUGCAGCACCUCCGUGAGCUAAGGCUGUACAGUGCAAACCUAGAAGAAUUGCCAGUAGCCAUCUGCAAUAGUCUUCAGUGUUUGGAGCUUCUGGGCCUUUCCAACAACCACUUAAUGUCUCUACCUGAAGAAACAGUCAAGUUAGUGCAAUUAAAGGAAAUUUACCUCCAAAACAAUAAACUUGAGAACUUUCCCAUGGAGCUCUGCUUGCUUCCUAAUCUAGAAAUUAUUGAUCUUGAACGAAAUGCUCUGAAAGCAAUACCUGCUGAAAUUGGCUCUUUAUCAAAACUUCUUAAGCUCUUUUUGGGUUUUAAUAGUAUUUCAGUAAUUCCUAAAUCCCUCUCCCGUUGUACAAAAUUAUCGGCGCUUGACGCCUCUAAUAAUUGCCUGCAAAAUAUCAUUCCCCAUCUUCGUAAGCUGACAGAACUAAAUGAACUGGCAUUGUCAGGUAAUGAACUGGGAGAAUUUCCAUCAAAACUUUGCAAACUUUCAUCGCUCUCUGUGCUCUAUUUAAAGAAUACUGCUAUAAAAAUGUUACCGUCGGAUUUGAGCAAUCUGUCCUACAUCAGAGUUCUAGAUCUUAGUCAGAAUCUUCUUACAGAGAUUCCCCCAGUGAUCUGCACAUUAAAGCAACUUGAGAUUCUGUCCCUGGAUGACAAUCACAUCUCUUUGAUAAUCCCAGAAAUAAAGGAACUCACACAACUAAAUUACUUGGGACUCACAGGGAACAGAUUUACUGGUUUCCCAGAAGAAAUAUGCCUGUUGGAGUCUUUAGAGCGAUUAUACAUUGGACAAGAUCAGGGAACUAGACUUGCACACUUAUCAGAAAAUAUCUGCAUGCUAAAGAAUCUAAAGGAGCUGUAUAUUGAAAACAAUAAUCUGGAAUGUCUUCCAUCAAACAUCAGUUGUCUCCAGAAUCUAAUAAUUCUAGAUUGCCGCAACAAUCUUCUCAAGCAAUUACCUGAAGGAAUUUGCAGUCUUCAAGCGUUGCAGAAAUUGCUGCUCCAGAACAAUCGACUGUCUGUUCUCCCAGACAAGUUGGACUUGCUACCGAAACUUGAACUGCUUGCACUAGAAGGAAAUCCCAUGACAGACCCUCCCGCUGAGUUGUGCAGUCUUGGAAGAUUAGCCAUCUGGCAUUUUCUUCAGGAAAGGAGACGUAAGAAUGCACUUGCAGUUAAGAUCCAGGCAUGGUGGCGAGGCCUUAUGGUACGUAAAGGGCUUGGGCCAUUUCAGUUUCUUCUGCGGUCUGGGAAAAAAGGCAAGAAAUCCAAAAAAGCUACAAAAACUAAAGGCAAGGGUCAGAAAGGUGGAUCAAAAGGAAAGAAGAAAUAGCAGGCCCAUGUUGGUAAUAGCGGCUGCUAUUAUAGUGGCACUUGCUUCAGCAAUUAAACUACUGUUGUGACUUGAAACGA